AUGAGCACAGCAGAGAAGGAAAAGGCCCACGAUACUACCUUGGUUGAGGCGGAGCAGCAACACAUCGAAUCGCCGUCUUCACCACCCUCUGAUCUUGUCUCUAAUCGGGAAGAUGAGACCGCGGACAAGGUCACCUUCAAGACCUGGUUGGUCGUUUUCGCGCUCUCCAUGUCUUAUGGCAUUUCCUUCUGGCCCGUACCCAUCAUGGGCACGAUCCAGGCGCAGCUGGCGGUGAUCUUGAAUGACCCGCCUCAAUCGGCGUGGUUGGGAUCCGUGUACAACAUUGCAACGUGCAUCUCCUUCAUGCUCUGUGGUGCAAACAGCGAUCUCUUUGGGCGACGAUGGUUCCUCAUCGGCGGGAACGUCCUGAUGGUCGUGGGCUCUGUUGUCGUGGGCUCCGCGAACACCACAGGUGCAGCCAUCACAGGUAUGGUCAUCAGUGGAUUUGCGGGCGGGAAUUGCCAGAUCUCUGCCUUUGCCAUUCCCGAAUUGUUACCCAACAAAUGGCGCCAUAUCGGGGUUGUCAUCGCCGACGCCUUCGUCUACGUCGACGUUAUCGCGGGUCCGAUCGUUGCUCGGUACGGGCUGGCUGCGGGAUCCCCGGGCUGGCGCUGGCUCUUCUACUCGACCGCCUUCGGGAAUGGGCUGGUGGCAGUGGCCCUCAUCUUGUGGUACUUUCCACCUCGUCAUCCUCGUGGAAUCCCUUUUGGCCAGGCCUUCCGCGAGCUCGACUAUGUCGGAGGCGUCCUGUUCACGGCCGCUGUCUCCCUCAUCCUGGUAGGCGUCGUUUACGCGUCAUACCUCCCCUCCAACGAUGGAAAAGUCAUCGGUCCUCUGGUAUCGGGAUUCGCCACGCUCGUUGCCUUCGCCUGCUGGGAAACGUGGGUGCCCCUGAAGCAACCACUCACACCCCCUCGUCUCUUCAAGCACAACUACGGCCGCUCGUUGUCCGCGCCCAUGGUUGUCACAUUCUCUGUGACCAUUUAUUAUCUCGGCACGAACGUGAUAUGGUCGACGAUCAUCGGGACGAUCUUCACCACCCCGUCAUCGCCCACCUCGCUCGCAGCAAAAUACUCACUGGCACAAGGCAUGGGGGUAUUGGUCGGGGCAAUAUGUCUCAGCACCAUCGGGACAAAGCUGAAGCACUGGAAGUGGAGCCAAUGUUUUUGUGUCACCAUGAUGACCAUGUUCGGUGGCCUGUUGGCGCUGACCACCGAGAACACUCGCGCCAUGUCCAUUGUCUUUUGCUUUUUUUGCGCCACCUUUUACGGCUGGGCCCAAUACUUGUCCAUCACCUAUGUCCAGUUUGGGGCUGAACAAACCGAGCUAGGCAUUGCUGGAGGACUUGCGGGCACAGGUCGAUACGCUGGUACAUCGGUCGCCUCGACUGUUUAUGUGACGAUUCUUUCCAACGCUGUUUCCAGCAAUGGGGUGAAGAAGGUCAUUCCUGCAGUGAUGCGGGCUGGCGCUUCGCGAGCUCUUGCACAACAGGUUCUGGCUGCCUUGCCCUCGGGGCUGGGUGCCGUUGCAGCUGUUCCCGGCACCACCGACAGCAUUGUGGCCGCCGCUGCUCUCGCCUGGAGAGACACGUAUGUCGCUGGGGUUCGGACGGUGGCUCUGGCGUCCAUCGCUUUCGGCGCGCUUGGAGCCAUCACUUGCCUGUUUUUGGAGGACAUCACGCCGAAGAUGAACGAGAAGAUUGAAAUUUAUCUGGAGAACGAUGUGAAUGCGGGGAGGAACGUAUAUCACUGA